GUCCGAGAGGGUAGUGCUGGGCGGCAAGGAUUGCAAACAGUCGCAGCCCGACCCACUCUCGUUCUUUUCUGCGGAAGACCGAGUUUCCUGAACAGGGGGCGGGGCGCAGGCGGGACCUUCUGAGCCGCCCCGCCCCAUCCCUCGGUCUAGAGAAAGUGGGGAGCACCGCCCAGCAGCCACUGGGUUCCCGCGAGUCGUGUUUCUCGGCUUCGCAAACCCAGGACCCCGCGGCAUGGCUGUCAAGAAGAUCGCGAUCUUCGGCGCUACUGGCCGGACCGGGCUCACCACCCUGGCGCAGGCGGUGCAAGCAGGUUACGAAGUGACGGUGCUGGUGCGGGACUCCUCCAGGCUGCCGUCAGAGGGGCCCCAGCCAGCCCACGUGAUAGUGGGGGAUGUGCGGAAGGCGGCUGAUGUGGAUAAGACCGUGGCCGGGCAGGACGCUGUCAUUGUGCUGCUGGGCACUGGCAAUGACCUCAGUCCCACUACAGUGAUGUCCGAGGGCGCCCGGAACAUUGUGGCAGCCAUGAAGGCUCACGGAGUGGACAAGGUCGUGGCCUGCACCUCGGCCUUCCUGCUAUGGGACCCAGCCAAGGUGCCCCCACGACUGCAGGACGUGACCGAUGACCACAUCCGGAUGCACAAGGUGCUGCAGGAGUCGGGCCUGAAGUAUGUGGCUGUGAUGCCACCACACAUAGGGGAUCAGCCACUCACUGGGGCCUACACAGUGACCCUGGAUGGACGAGGGCCCUCAAGGGUCAUCUCCAAACAUGACCUGGGCCAUUUCAUGCUGCGCUGCCUGACCACGGAUGAGUACAAUGGGCACAACACCUACCCCUCCCACCAGUAUGACUAGGACAGCGUUCUGGAAGAGGAGGCACAAGGAAGGGAGCAAUAAAUCAUGAGCUACAAGCUUCAGUUUUCUUACA